CCAAAGCAAACGCUUGGCGGGUUUUUCCUGGCCGCUCUCCUCGCUAAGAGACUAAGCAGUGGCUUUUGGAAGCAAAUUUUCUUUCCGGAACGAGAUCUCUCGGUGUUUUAAAAAGUAUUUCUCAUGACCUGGUGGCUGGGGUCGUCUGAGAGAUUAGGCCAGUGAGUCAGUCUCGUGUUGAAGGGCAGGUCUCGUGUUUGCUGGGCAGACUUGAGCUGAGGUCAGAACCCGGCGGCAGACGCCUGACCCCACCCGGGUCACCAUGGCCGUGUCCACCCAGCAGCUGGCGGAGGAGCUACAGAUCUUCGGCCUGGACUUUGAGGACUCCCUGAUGGAGAAACUGGCAGAGCUGUGCGUUCUGCACCGACAGACUGAGGAGGCGAUGGUAAGCGAGCUUGUCGCCUUCUGCACCAGCACAGGGAAAGCGUGCCUUACUGUAGAGAUCCUGAACUCUUUUGAACAUGAGGUUCUGAACAAAAAAUUAUCCAAAGCUUGGCAUGGUGCCUCCAAACCCAGCGGGCACGCCGGAGCCAGGGACAUUGUCUCUAUACAGGACCUAAUUGAAGCAUCAGAAGAAGAAGAGACACUUUUGAAUUCUUACACCACACCCUCGAAGGGUCCUAGUAAACGAGCUAGCAAUACCCCAGAAACCCCCCUAACAAAAAGGACUGUCUCCACUCGCAGCCCACACCAGCUCCUCUCGCCCUCAAGUUUCUCCCCGAGUGUUACUCCCUCCCAGAAAUACAACUCCAGAAGCAACCGGGGAGAAGUGGUCGCCACCUUUGGCUCUGCGCAGGGCUUGUCCUGGUCGGGGAGAGGAGGCUCCGGAAGCGUCAGCCUGAAGGUCACAGAGCCUCUCACUGGCAGCUACAAAUCCAUGUUUCAGCAGCUCCCGGAUAUCCGCGAAGUUCUGAUCUGUAAGAUAGAGGAGCUCGGCAACGACCUGAAGGAGCACUACAAGAUCGAGGCUUUCACCCCACUUCUCGUCCCAGCACAAGAACCUGUAGUCCUGCUGGGUCAGAUUGGCUGUGACAGCAACGGGAAGCUGAACAGCAAGUCUGUGAUUCUUGAGGGAGACCGGGAGCACUCCUCGGGCACUCAGAUUCCAGUGGACUUAUCGGACCUCAAGGAAUACUCUCUCUUUCCUGGACAGGUUGUAAUUAUGGAAGGAUUCAACACCACUGGCAGGAGGCUUACUGCCACCAAACUCUAUGAGGGGGUACCUCUUCCAUUCUAUCAGCCCACUGAAGAGGAUGGAGAUUUUGAGCAAACUAUGGUUCUAGUUGCCUGUGGGCCUUAUACCACCUCUGACAGCACCACAUAUGACCCCCUGCUUGAUCUGAUCACCAUCAUCAACCGCGACCGGCCUGAUGUCUGCAUCCUGUGUGGACCUUUCCUGGAUGCUAAACAUGAGCAGGUGGAGAACUGUCAGUUGACAAGCCCGUUUGAAGACGUUUUCAAGCAGUGCCUGAGAACAGUUAUCGAAGGAACCAGAAGCUCCGGCUCCCACCUUGUCUUCGUCCCAUCUCAGAGGGAUGUGCACCAUGUGCCAGUGUACCCACAGCCACCGUUCACCUUCCCUGAGCUGCCCCGAGAGGACAAGAAGCGAGUGCAGUUCGUGUCAGAUCCCUGCAGCCUCAUCAUAAACGGAGUAAUGUUUGGCUUGACGUCUACAGACCUGCUGUUCCACAUUGGGGCGGAGGAAAUCUGUAGCUCCUCCGGGACUUCAGACAGAUUCAGCCGAGUCCUCAAGCACAUCCUGACACAGAGAAGCUACUACCCACUCUACCCGCCCCACGAGGACAUGGCCAUAGACUAUGAGAACUUCUAUACCUAUGCCCAGCUGCAGGUCACCCCAGAUAUCCUCAUAGUGCCGUCAGAGCUGAGGUACUUCGUGAAGGAAAUCCUUGGCUGUGUCUGUAUGAAUCCUGGGCGACUCACCAAAGGACAAGUGGGCGGCACCUUCGGCCGCCUGUACAUCUCGAGGCAGCCCAGGGCCAUGGACAGUGGAGCCAGGCAGGGCCCUACUGUGGCUGCACAGGUUGUCAGGAUCUGAGUCUUCAGCCUGGGUCCUGUGGCCUCAUGGACACCGAGAGCCCAGGCAUGGCCCUCUGAUGACCAAACUGUUGGGGCACCUGACGAGGAUCUGGCCAUAGGGCCAGGACUGCAGGACUGGGGCCCCUGUGGAGCUGAGCCUUGAUCUGAGUCAUGCCUCUCACCACUCUCCUGCCUCACAAGGGAGAUAAGGUGUCCAGAAGUGAACCAUCUGUGGAGACAGCCUGCCCUGUAAGGCAGAAGAACUUUGUGAUUCUCUGUAUGAGUCAAACAUGGCAUUUGGAGAAAUUUUUUUUUUUUUUUUUUUU